CCGCGGUGCCGACCCGUGUUGGGGUGUGGGCCGGCGGCGCGGAGGGGCUCACGCAGUCUGUCUUUCGUGUUCGUCCAGCUGCGGGAGUACAAGGUGGUCGGGCGAUGCCUGCCCACGCCGAAGUGCACGACCCCUCCUCUCUACCGUAUGCGGAUCUUCGCUCCCAACCAUGUUGUCGCCAAGUCCCGGUUCUGGUACUUCGUUUCUCAGCUGAAGAAGAUGAAGAAGUCUUCUGGAGAGAUCGUGUACUGCGGCCAGGUUUAUGAGAAGUCCCCUCUGCGGGUAAAGAAUUUUGGUAUUUGGUUACGCUAUGAUUCUCGUAGUGGAACUCACAACAUGUACAGGGAGUACCGGGACCUGACUACUGCUGGUGCUGUCACUCAGUGCUACCGUGAUAUGGGAGCCCGUCACCGUGCCCGUGCUCACUCUAUUCAGAUCAUGAAAGUUGAGGAAAUUGCUGCUAGCAAGUGCCGUAGACCAGCAGUGAAGCAGUUCCAUGAUUCUAAAAUCAAGUUCCCUCUGCCACACAGAGUUCUGCGUCGCCAGCACAAACCACGUUUCACCACCAAGAGACCAAACACUUUCUUUUAAAUAUGGAAACGUGCUAUCAACUCUGUGUUGUAAUAAAGGUCUUAUUUGAACCU